UUUCGCAAGGUAGGAAGUGCAGCAUCGUCAACAAAAAACAUACGCUGUGGAGUACCACAGGGUUCAAAUAUCUGUCCAUUGUUAUUUCGCUUGUAUGUCAACGAUCUCCCGAACUGUCUAAGAUACUCUAGUGCUGAAAUGUAUCCGGAUGAUACGAAUUUGACGGCGUGUUCCGAUGAUAUUAAUACUUUACAAGCCAUUUUGAAUUCGGACUUGAACAAUAUCCAUCAGUGGAUAGUAGCCAAUAAAUUAACUUUGAAUGUUGGUAAAACAGAGUAUAUGAUUAUUGGAACACGGCAGAAAUUUAAAAAUUUCUCAAGUGAAACGAAUAUGAACAUGGGUGGGAAAAACUUAACACAAGUCGUUUCUAAAAAAGUCUUAGGCAUAAUAAUAGAUGAUCAAUUACGCUUGGAUGAACAAAUAGACAACAUAAGUAACAAAGUAUCUCAAAGGCAUCGUCAUGUUACGGCGAGCUAA